AUGGGACGUCGAGACCGUCUCAUCAGCGCGUCUAUAUUACGCGCCAUCUUCAGAUCAGAUUCGCCUCGUAAGGAUGAAAGCGCGCGCUUGGGUCUAUUUGCGCGCAUCUAUGCCUUCUUCGCUGUCUUCAGUCUGACUCUCGCUCGUUAUCGCGCAUCUCUGUUCAAGAAACUGAGGAAUGACACGUGGGAGAUUGAAGAGGAAGGGUACAUCGAGAGCUUCCGCCCAAGCAAGAGCAAACGGACCGAUCUGAUCGCCAUUGGGGACCUGGGUUACUCAGGCUCGACAUUCUUCACGACACCUAAUUCUAAGUACCUGAUCAAGUCCCUGCCGCGCAAGUUUGAGCAAUCCUUCUUCCGUGAUCGCCUCCUCGAGCCCUAUGUCGAACAUAUGGAGCUGAAUGAGGACUCCCUCCUCGUCCGCAUAACCGACCUCCUCUACUGUCCUACAGCUACCGUCGGAGCCGCUGUAGGCACCGCGCCGAGCCAUCAUAUAAUAAUGGAGAACAUUCUGUACGGGAAGUCGAGCUGCAGCAAGGCCCAACAGAAGCGAUGGGAGACAUAUGACCUCAAGCCCAAUGACUACUUCUACCCAGAACGUGACGUGGCUAACGGGCGCCUGGCCCCCGAGAGCGUCAAGGAGCGCCUCAUUGAUGAAUUCGAAGACAAGAUCCGAGUGACUAUCGAUCAGAAAGAGGAGCUUGUUGCGCAGCUAUCCAGGGAUUCUAAGAUCUUACAAGGCAAUAAUGCGGUUGACUACUCGCUAUUCCUCGUCCGCUAUCCCGCCGACCUGAACUCUGGUGAUGUGCCGCCGCCCCCUGGUCGAGGAUCUACAUGGCGCACAGGUGUCGUAUCGCGCGACGGCAAGUGGGUUUACCGGGCCAUCGUACUCGACUUCUUCUGGGCGAAAGACGCACUCCAGGCCCAGACGAUGACGGGACUUGUCAAACUCUUCAACACGUUAAAGUUUGGAAAAGACCAUGGCCCGAUGAGCAUUACGACGACGAGCGAUGAAUAUAGACAAAGAUUCCUGGGAAUGGUGGAGGACAUGGUCGAGGUACCAGACAGCGCUGGCAGACCAGCAGGGGAGAUACGCAGCCUUGCAUCGGUAGCUGCUGACCAAGUGUAG